CGUUAGCCUAAAUUAUAUCUGAUACGUUCAAAUAUUUAUUCAAACCUACCAUUUGUUCAUAUCUUAAUUAUUGUCGUCAUCUCGUAUGACUUAAUGCAGAUUUGUAAUAACAGUUGUCUGAAUGAGCUUAUUUUCUAUUGCGCUAUUAAUGGCAGGUGAAUUAUUUGACGGGGUGAUACGUGGCUUGAUAGGAAGUUAAAUUAUAUGUUUAUAGACAGGCGCAUGUUUCUGUAUUAGUUCGUUGUGUCAGCACGCACGUAUUUCUCGCUGGCUCGCGCACUGUCCUGCUGUUACGCGCGUGUGAAUGCUCUGUUUGUCUACAUGCGAGGGCGCAUCUAACUGCUUGGCUUGGUCUCUCAGCUUCAAACUGUGCGAACCGCCGCUCUUCCCCAACCCCCGUUGCACUGCUCAGGCAACGAGGGCGGAGCCAGCCCAAAUAAAUGUGGGGAGGAGAAAAACGAAGACAACAAACCUUAAAAAUGUAGGCCACGGCGCGUGACCCAGUUCCUCACGAACAACCCAGCAAAUGUGAAUGUGGAGCACGGCUAUUAUCCCCCACGCCCGGCACGGUUCCAGGGCGGUUCUACUGUGUGUUUUUCUCUCUGUGCCAGGCAAUGUUCGGGGGCUUUUAGAAAUAUGAAAAAGAAGAUAGUAAUGUUACAUUUACCCAAUUUGCUAUUUAAACUAGCAACAAGGUAUCAAAAGUUUGCAUUUCUGGCCUGUGGAGAGCAAAACCCAUCCAGCCAUCCACCCACCCACACAGUGUGAAAUCUACACCCCCUCAAGGAGAAUAGUGAGGUCACAGAAGUGAAAGCACCAUUGUGCGUUCAGAGGGAUGGAGGACAGGAGGUACCUGCCACCAGAUGGAGGUGGAAAUGCCAAACGCUCUGCCUCAGCUGAGUGUGACACAGUGGAUAGAGUGAUCAGGAAGGAGCAGGAUGACCCUGAGACCUCCACACAAAUUUGUGUGAGAAAAGACGAUCUCUGUGAUCUUCCUCGUAAGGUGCCUCGUUUCCAGUAUGUGGAUUUCCCUUCCCUGCACCAGUGCAUCCAACAGCUUUCUGUGCCUCCACUGAACAGCUGGCUGGGAUCCUGCUCGUUGGCAAAGGCACCAAACUACAGGCCUGACAGUCCUAAGGAAAAGGUCCCCAAGUUUAAAUACGUGGACUACCCAUCUCUCCACCACUGCAUUCAGCAGCUGUCUGUGCCUCCACUGGAAAGCUGGAGUGCAGGUCUGGUCAGGUUUAAUGCAAAGGGGAAAGAGGAUGGCUCUGGGUCACAGAAGAGGCCCUCUCAGCCUGGGACUGUGAAUAAUAACAAAAGCAAUGAGGCAAGAGAUCAAAAAAACAAGGACAGGAGUAGAGUUAUAUCAUUUUCUUUCCCAAGAGACACACACAACUCCGUCUCAGGCAAGGAGGAGAGGCCUCAAAAUGACCACCCCUCAGAGGUGCCACAGAGGUUAGAGAAAGAUAACUCACCUAUCAGGUCCCGUGCUACUCACACAGAUGCUUCUUUGCAAUCAGAUUGCAGAUCAAGAGCAGAAUCUGGUUCUGGAUCUUGUAGUGAUGUAGCAGUGGUGAGAAACAACAGACCGUCUAUUAUUAACAUGGUGCACAUGGAUAAGCAGAAGCACUGGACAACGGCAGAACACUUGGAAGAACAACUGAACUCUCCAGAUUCAGUCGGACGGGUACCAUGGAAAACCAUCCUGGAGUCAGUCUGCCCAUUCUGCCAACAGAUGUUCACAAACCCCGAGCAGUUCAGGGCUCAUCAGCGGAGCCAUAGAGAUAAGAGACCAAACUGAUGUGCAGAAGAACUGAGUGAGAACUGCUUUUGGCAAACAGUUAAUGCCACAUCAUAUGGAAUCGUAUCAUCAGAGGCCUUCUUGUGUUGUGACUGGCUUUAGUGGCAUUGCUGGCAGGACUAUAGGGAGAUCAAAGAUGCAUUAAGCACAUUAGACAGUUUGGGUUCAGACCUUAGGGAGAAUGUAAGGCAUUGUCUUGACUUAUGUUGUGAUUCUAAAAAGACAGAACUGGACAGAUAGAAACACACAAGCAUACAAUAUGCAUGCACAUACAGUGCACUUGUGCCCACACACACAAACACACACAUGCAGAGUAUCCUAUUCAUGAUUCAGAAGCGGACAAUAUUUACUUCCCUACAUAAGGACCUUCAGACAUAAUGGGGUUUCGGCUCAAGACAGGGGAUUAGAACCAGAUUUCUGGUCUCUUCCACACAUAUAUCAGAGUGUUUACUGGGGUGAGUGACGCUCGAUGGACUGGUGCGUAAGAAGAUUUUAUUACAAACAAACAGGCUUGAUAAUAAGAUUUGUUACAUUUUAUUGUUUUGUACUUUUUAUGUUUUUGGAAAUUAAUGUCUAAUGGCUUCGAGCUAGUAGUUUUAAAUCUUAAAAAUGUACCACUGGUGUUUAAUUGUGUGAGUAAAGAUUUUUAGAUACAGAAACAAAUGCCCUCUGCAAGAAACCUGCAAGAAAACCUGUUUGACAGGUUAGCGCUCAGUUUCAUAGAUGAAGUAUUUAAGCUUCAUAUUAACAAAGGAGCUAAUCCAAAAUCAACAACUACUGUGACAAAACUCACUAUUUACAUUUAAACCUCAAGUCUAAAUGGAUUUUAGAUAUUGUGAAAGACCUAUAUUGAACUUUUGUUUAUAAACUUUUGCAGGAACAUAAUACAUUUUUUAUUACAGUAAAGUUCUGACCAGCUAUUAUGUAACAUACCAUUGCAAAGGUCGAGUAUUUCAUGUUUUAUUUGAUUUUAAAUCUAAAGAGAAACAGUAACAUUGUUUCUUGUAAACUCACAGUUACACAACCAAAUUUCAAUAUAUAUUUACAAUGGAAUAUUAUGGAUUUUAUUAUGCACUGUAUGUUUUAAUUCACAAAUACACCGAAGAUUUCAAAUCACUAAAACUUUUAUUAUCAUGUAAUAAAUUUCCAGGAAUUUCCCAAGCUCAGCUGUUGGGUUUCCUGUAAGCAAAUACUAUCCACUUUCAUUCCCACACAGAACAAAUCGACAGGACUGGACAGGUAGCCUGUU